UGUGCCAGGCACAAUUUCUAGAGUCUGAGGAUAUAGCAGUGAACCGAACACAGAAAUUCCUAUCCUCAAAGAGCUUAACAUUACAUUCUUGUAGGCUUGGAUGUGCAUGCUGAGACAGACAAAACAAGCUGAAAUACUUCUAUAAAGAACAUUCUCACAUCUAUAUGUUGGUUACUUUGAAGUGCAUCUUCCUAGAAAGGGCUAACCAUAAGAAAUGAAUUUUAACGUCUGGAAUAUCAAAGAGAUGCUCAGUAUUCCCUCAGGUUCUGGGACCACUAAUUCCUCUAGCUGGAAUAAUAAUCAGACUGAUCACUCCAGUCUCAGUGAUUCCCAGUUCCUCUUUGGAUCACAGUUCUGUCCAGAAAGUUCAGAGACUCUGUCAGCACCCUUGGACUCUGGUGUCUACUUGAGACACCCAAAACAGUCACAACAGAAUUCUCUGGACAGUGAACCAAGUAUUUUCACAAAAUACCAGACAAAACCCCAGCUAUUUGGAGGAAAUACAAAUGAUAGAGGCUUAUUUCCUCUUCCUUUGUCAGUUGGAAAAUCAAAGGGCCUCUUGGAACAAUUUGAGGAGAAAAAGAAAAGGGCAAAAGACAAAUGUGACAGUGAGACUCUAUACAACUUCAUUUCCCAUAUCAGAGAAAGCAUUCACAAGUUGCAGGCAUCUGUGGAAAAGUCUGAGGAACAUCUCAGUUCAAGAAGUCAAUCUAUUUUAGAUUGUUUGGAGACUGUGGCCAAGACAUUGCAAGAGACUGUGCAGGCCCAGAGUGAUCUGCUGUUGGGAACUGUGCAUGACAAAGGCAACAUGGAGCAGGUUAUCCUCGAGAUACGGAAGAGAUUUGAAGCUAGACAAGCAGAAUUUAUAGAAAUGAAGUCCGACCUGAAGCACCUUGAAGUUUUAGUUGCCCAGCAGAAUAAGGACUUCCAGCAGCUGUGUGAGCAGCUAGGCCAGCUGAAUGUGGCCAGCGUCCUAGCAGAGCUGAAGAGAUUGAUUUCAGUCCCUCAGGUACCUGGGCAUGUGAAAGACAGCACUUCCCAGACCUCACUACCUCUGGCCCAGAGCCUCAGUUUCACCAGGCAGGACAGAUAUGCCUCUGAGGAACCAGAUAUGUGGCAGACUCAGGCCAUCCCUGCUGUCUGGAAUCUUAGUAUGGGCUCCCUGCAGCCUGGGGAGUUUGCUAUCUAUACUGAGGGAGCAAAAAGUGAUGCUCUCCAAGGAGAGGCUGUGCUGAUGGCCGCUGGAACCGGCAAAAGAAGCAGGCGAGUAAAGGACAAGGCAGUGCAGACCAACUGCCAGAAUUGGACUCUUAAUAAAACCAGCCCUGAGAAUCAUGGCUCUGGUUCCCCAGGCCACAAAGUUCCUUGUGAGUGGAGCUGGGUUUCCCAAGGAGCCUCAAGGUUUAUACCCCUGGACUUUGAAUCCAGCAUUAAGAACACUUGCCAAAAAUGUCAAGCUGAAGGUGUGCUUUCGUGUGCCCCUUGUGAACAAAGGCUGGUGACUGCACAGAAAGGCAGAACUAUGGAAAGAGGGGGGAAAGGCAAGAAGCAGCAGCCCAGGAAAGCCCGCAGAAGCAAGCUCCUAACCAGAAAGCAAGAACAAACCCCUAGCAAAACCUGUGCUUUCAAUUCUAAAUAUCCUCAGCUUCCAGUUUCUGGCCCACAAAGGCUCCCCCUGGAGCAGCAGGAACCCUUUGCUCAGUCCCUGCAUCUGUGGGGCUCCAGGACUCCCACAAAACCAGUCAUCCCUGUUCUGAGAGCAACAGUCAUGCCCAGUAAGACAGUGAGGGCAGCACAGGAGAACAUCUUGCAGCUCAGUGGGCAUUCUUCCAAAGACAACAGCCUGCUUUCUAAAAGUUCCCUGGGGGACCACCAGAUGAGCUGGUUCAGUGACCUCAACCUUGGAAGUUCAGAGUCUCCUCUGUGCAAGGAUCCAGGGAAGAAUAUGCUCUAUGAUCUGGGUUUUGACAGCAGUGAUGAUGGCUUUUGACCAGCCCACAAUCUGACUUCAGCUGAUAGUUUAUUGGUCUCAGCUGGAAAGACAAAUUCUAGAACACUGGGGCUGGCUAACAGCAGAAAGUCCCUGAAGCCUGAUUGGAGCCCUCAGGCUCAGAGGGCCUGCUGGGGGGGGUGGGGGGUGGGGGGGGGUGGUGGUCAGUGUAGGACAGGUGCAGGGCAGGGCAGUAGCUCUGGUGUUCUGGGUACCAGGUGCUGCCCAUGACAAGCAUAAGGGAUAAUUGCAUCUUUAUUGGAGUGAAGCACGUGGAGACGACAGUGAUGAGCUGGAGCAGCAGCCUGGGUGUAGGGCAUCAGGAGGAGGGUGCUGAUUUUGGUGAAAGGAGGACUGGCCUCCAUGUGGAAUACUGAGUGGCAGAAGGGCUCUCACAGAACUGUUGCUGUGGCACCAAGACUCCCAAACAUUUUUGAUCUUCACGGUAUUUCCUACACCUGACCAAUACCUAUCCAGGCCUCGGGAUUUUUAAAAUUAUUUUUAUCCAGUUUUACUGUCAGAGCACUUGCAUGUUUUGAUCAGUGGACAUAUUACAGGACACACUGUCUUCUUGUGAACAGAGAAACAGAGAAUGUUAAGCUGCCAAUGAAAAGAGGUGACGGGCACCCAAUAAAUUCCCAGAGCACCACUGUAUACGAGCCACACAAUCCCAUUUUUCUUCCUGGCUGUUUUCCCUAUGCUGUUUGCAACCACCCUUGAAGCUAAUCAGAGCAUCUAAGGGCCCCGUAUUAUUUCCAGAGAGCAAUAGGCUUAUGUGAGACUUUGGCUGUCUAUUCAUAUCUUGCAGAAGUUUUGAAUUUUUGUUAUACAUAUAUGUAUAUUUGUUUUAUAACAAAAAAUAAAAAUUUUUAAAAGCAUA